GACCCCAAGCUCCCUUACGCUGUCCCCGGCUCCGGCAUCUGUGUUGUCGUGCCGUCGCUGCCUUCCCAGAUAGUUCGGCUUCGGUCCUGUUGUCGAAUCGAAUCGAAUCCCUCCCGUCCCCUCCAAGGGAGCCUCCUUCAGACGGCUUCAUGGCGUAUAGUCAGGGAGGCGGCAAGAAGAAAGUCUGUUACUACUAUGACGGUGACAUUGGAAACUAUUAUUAUGGCCAGGGUCACCCAAUGAAGCCUCACAGAAUCCGUAUGACACAUAAUUUAUUGUUAAAUUAUGGCUUGUACAGAAAAAUGGAAAUCUAUCGUCCCCACAAAGCUACAGCAGAAGAAAUGACUAAAUACCACAGCGAUGAAUACAUCAAAUUUCUUCGUUCAAUAAGACCUGACAAUAUGUCUGAAUACAGCAAACAAAUGCAGAGAUUUAAUGUUGGGGAAGAUUGUCCUGUGUUUGAUGGACUGUUUGAGUUCUGUCAGCUGUCAACAGGAGGCUCUGUAGCUGGAGCAGUAAAAUUGAAUAGACAACAAACAGAUAUGGCUGUUAAUUGGGCAGGAGGACUUCAUCAUGCUAAGAAAUCAGAGGCAUCUGGUUUCUGUUAUGUCAAUGAUAUUGUACUUGCCAUUCUUGAGUUACUGAAAUAUCAUCAAAGAGUUCUUUACAUUGAUAUUGAUAUCCAUCAUGGUGAUGGUGUUGAAGAAGCUUUUUAUACCACAGAUCGAGUUAUGACAGUAUCAUUCCAUAAAUACGGUGAAUAUUUCCCUGGAACAGGAGAUUUAAGGGACAUCGGAGCUGGAAAAGGCAAAUACUAUGCAGUUAACUUUCCAAUGAGAGAUGGAAUAGAUGAUGAGUCAUAUGGACAAAUAUUUAAACCAAUUAUAUCUAAAGUGAUGGAAAUGUACCAACCUAGUGCAGUAGUAUUGCAAUGUGGGGCCGAUUCACUCUCUGGUGAUCGACUGGGAUGUUUUAAUCUUACUGUUAAAGGUCAUGCCAAAUGUGUGGAAGUUGUAAAGACUUUCAACUUGCCUCUUUUGAUGCUUGGAGGAGGUGGCUAUACCAUACGCAAUGUUGCUCGAUGUUGGACAUAUGAGACUGCUGUAGCCUUAGACUGCGAAAUUCCUAAUGAAUUGCCAUAUAACGAUUACUUUGAGUACUUUGGACCAGAUUUCAAACUGCAUAUAAGCCCAUCAAACAUGACAAAUCAGAACACUCCUGAAUAUAUGGAAAAGAUUAAGCAGCGUUUAUUUGAGAACUUGCGCAUGCUACCCCAUGCUCCUGGUGUGCAGAUGCAAGCUAUUCCAGAAGAUGCUGUUCAUGAAGACAGUGGUGAUGAAGAUGGUGAAGAUCCAGACAAACGUAUUUCUAUUCGUGCUUCUGAUAAGAGGAUAGCCUGUGAUGAAGAAUUUUCUGAUUCUGAAGAUGAAGGAGAAGGUGGACGCAGAAAUGUUACAGAUCAUAAGAAAGGGGCAAAGAAAGCACGCUUAGAAGAAGACAAGAAAGAGGCAGAAGACAAAAAAGCAGAUAUUAAAGAAGAAGAUAAAUCUAAAGAUAAUAGUAGUGAGAAAGUAGAUACCAAAGGCACAAAAUCAGAACAGCUAAGCAAUCCUUGAACAUAAAGCCUUACAGUAUGUCAGUCAAAGGACCCAAUACCAUAAUGAAAAAAAUACUAAGAGAAACUUUUCGUACUGGAAGAGACUUUUUAUUUUCAUUUAGUAGAAUUCGGCAUGGAGCAUAUUUAUUUUCAAACAACUGUGUUUUGAUUUUUGGCAACUUGUAUUGUGAAUUCCUCAAUUAUGAUACAAAAUUUGUUCCUUCCACCAGGCUUUAUGUAAUACUAUUUAAAAUGGAUGUGAGUUAAGAUGUAGUUAAACGUCUAAACUGAUCUAUUAAAAUUUCCCUUUUCCCGGAUUGAUUUUAUCCCCUUUUUGUAAUUAUAUCUUUAUUAAAAAACAAACAAACUGUA